AUGAAUAUGCAACAUUCAUGUGUUCAACUAACAGAUUUACCGGAUGAGUUGCUUAUAAUGAUAUUUAAGAAAUUAAAUAAUAUGCAAGUACUUCAUUCUUUGAUGGGUGCUAAUAUGCGACUCAAUGAAAUUAUACGUGAUCAAACUUUUACUGAUCGUUUAACAUUUGUAAAAUGGUCAUUUAAUAAAUUUUUCUAUCCACUAUCUGAUACAACACUUGAUCGAUUUUGUCAACAAAUAUUGCCUCAAAUUCAUCAUCAUGUCAAAUGGCUUGACGUUGAACCAUUAUCUAUGAAACGCAUUCUCCUUGCUGGCGAAUAUCCAAAUUUAUAUGGACUUAGUAUUUACAAUAUUGAAGAAGAGAUAAUUCAAUAUUUCUUUAAUGGUAAGAAAUUCAAAUUCAGUUGUCGUAAUCUAAUUUAA